UGGAGAGAUGCACCAACAGCAGCUGGUUCACCACUAAUCACAUAACAUUAACAUAACUACUCCUACAAGCUAGCCUAGCCCGCUACAUGCUUCGCCUGUGAUUUGUCGUAAUUCUGGGACUGCAAAUCUCCAAAACAAAACAUUUGCUUCCAACAGAGUGCAACAAAGGAAACAACACUACAAGCAUACACACUUACCGUGGCCUAUUCUCUCAUCCAGCUGGCAGGCUACGUUAGCUAGCUAGCAGCCGAGCGGCAUCGAGCUCUCUGCCUUGGCUAGCAUCAGGCUAGCCAGCUAGCUAGCUAGCUACUCACACGGCUAACGGUAGUUAGCUAGCUAGCGAGCUGUAGUCACUUGCGUCAUGGAUGAACUAGUCGUGGAAGUGAGGGGAACUAGCGGGGCUUUCUACAAGGCCUUUGUCAAGGAUGUUCAUGAAGGAUCCGUAACUGUGGCAUUUGAAAACAACUGGCAGCCGGAGCGUCAGAUCCCAUUCCAGGAUGUACGUUUCCCUCCUCCAACAGGUUUCUGCAAGGAGAUUAAUGAGAGCGAUGAGGUCGAGGUCUACUCCAGGGCUAAUGACAAGGAGCCAUGUGGAUGGUGGCUGGCCAAGGUCCGGAUGGUCAAAGGGGAGUUUUAUGUCAUAGAGUACGCUGCAUGCGAUGCUACAUUGAAUGAGAUCGUGACGUUGGAGCGGUUGCGGCCAGUCAAUCCAAACAAACCAGCCACCAAAAACACCUUCCUCAAGAUCAGACUGGAUGUACCUGAGGACUUGCGGCAGAUGUGCUCCAAGGAGUCGACACACAAAGACUUUAAAAAGGCCGUGGGAGCGUUCAGCAUCACCUACGACUCUGACAAAAAGCAGCUGGUCAUCCUGUCGGUGAAUGAGAUUACAACAAAGCGGGCUAAUAUGAUGAGUGACAUGCACUUUAGAAGCCUGCGCACCAAACUGUCUCUCAUGCAGAGGAAUGAAGAGGCUAGCAGACAACUGGAGAGUUCCAGACAGCUAGCGUCAAGGUUUCACGAACAGUUUGCAGUUCGGGACGACUUAAUGGGUCUGGCCAUCGGGACCCACGGGGCCAACAUUCAGCAAGCCCGUAAAGUCCCUGGAGUCACCACUAUAGACCUGGAUGAGGAGACCUGCACUUUCCACAUAUAUGGAGAGGACCAGGAAGCUGUCCGUAAAGCCAGGAGUUUCUUGGAGUUCUCUGAAGAUGUCAUCAAAGUUCCCCGCAACUUAGUUGGGAAAGUGAUUGGGAAGAAUGGGAAGCUGAUCCAGGAAGUGGUUGAUAAAUCGGGCGUGGUGCGGGUUCGCAUCGAACCUGAGAACGACAAAAAGCCCUCAUUGCCAGCAGAUGAGGCAAUGGUGCCGUUUGUGUUUGUGGGGACCAAGGAAAGCAUCUCCAAUGCUAAAGUCCUGCUCGACUACCACCUCAACUACCUCAAGGAGGUGGAUCAGCUGCGUCUGGAGCGUCUGCAGAUCGACGAACAGCUGAGACAGAUAGGAGGAGGAGGUGGAGGAGGAGGAACGGGCCCCCGAAACCCCAAAGACAAAACCUAUGUGUUCGAUAACGGCAUGGGGCUGGGCAUGGGGAGAGGAGCAGCCGGAGGGGGUGGAGGGAAGCCCUACACAGGAGGGGGAGGAAGAGGUGGCCGAGGCCGGAGAGGAGGAGGCGCAGCCUUUACCUCAGGCACCAACUCGGAGGCAUCCAACACUUCGGAGACAGAGUCAGACCACAGAGACGAGCUCAGCGAUUGGUCGCUGGCUCCCACUGAUGAGCUGAUGACAACAGGGGGCGGGACCUUGCCCAGACGGGCAGAUGGGAGGAAGAGAGGAGGCGGAGGAGGACCGCGGGGACGAGGGGGCAGAGGAAGAGGAGGUGGAGGAGGAGGAUAUAAGGGUGAAGAGGUGCAGUGGGGCGAGCCACGACCUCGUCACAUGAGAGACACCAAGACCAGAGCACAGGAAGACACCCUACAGAUCCGCGUGGACGGGAACGAGCGCAGUGUGCAGCACGCCUCGGGGGGCCGAGGAGGAGGAGGAGGAGGGCCUUCCUCCUCACAGGGGGGUGUUGGUGCCGGGGGCGACGGCCCCUCGCGCCACCACCACCGGCCUGUCAGAGAACGAGGCAUGAAGAAAGACAAACAGGACGCUCCUCCGUUGGUGAACGGAGUGUCGUAGAUACACCACUGGAGGACAUGCAGUACUCACUUCAGCAAGCAGACACACACUCUGACACACACACACACACAUACACACGCACACACACAUACACGUUCACAAACACACACAGAUAGCUUGUCAUAAUCCAUGGUAGGGUCUGGCUCUCUCUCGCUCUUUCUUUCUCUGUCUUUCUCACACACACGCAUACACCCACAUUUCCAUCAGCGUGGAAGAGUUUACCGUCGUGACUUUGGAAGCCAGAGCUGGUCUGGUGUCUGCUGGACUUGUCUGUUCUUGACUGAUUUUUGGUAUCUACUGACCUGCUUUGGAGUGAACAAGAAAAAGAAGCAGUACAUUUUGGACCUAAGCUAAAACAAAAACAGAACGGAAAGGAAGAAGAGGGAUUUGACUGGAGCUGAGCUGGGCAUCAACCCCUGGACCCACCACCUCCCCGCAUCCACCGACUUGUUUUUCCCCCCCAGGACUAGUUUUGCAGUAAAUGGGUUCAAGCGAGUUCGCACUGAAUACGUUUUUUUUUUUUUUUUUAAUGAAACAGGACAGUUUUGAAUUUAACACCUCACUGCCCUGUUUGGACAUGCCAGCAUAAGAAAAAGCAAAUCAAAAAACAGUCAUGUAUUGAACGCUCAAACCCGCCCAUUAAAGAGCUCAGUGGUUCUCAAGACAAAACAGGAGUGACACUGAAUUCCCGCUGUAACAGGCAAAGAUUCCCACGAUCCCCCACCUUUUACUCGGCCAAGCUGAGAUUGUCGUUUUUUGGAGAUGAUCCGUCUCUGCAUCAUAUUUGAGAUGAGUUAAGCAAAAUUCCAUCUGGGAGAGGACAUCAGUAGAUAUUCCAGUAUUAAGUUUAACCCUGGCACCAGUUUGACAAUUGAGGAGUGCAUGCCUUUACUAUCAGCAGAACAGAGAGGAGUUCAACUGAGGUGUGCUCGUUUCUCAUUUCUAUUUUUGCUAAGCGGAGCCAUCUAAGGUUCUCAUCUAUUCUAGCUGUAGGCAUCCAUUUUUGUUUUUCAGGAUGAAUUGUAGUGGAAAGGUAUGUGUGUAUUUUGUUUGUUUUGUUCAGUGACGUUUUUGGGAGCUCUUGAAAUGAGCCAGCAUAUACUAAUCACAUCAGUGAGAUCAUGAAUAAUGUGUUUUUUCUUUGUUGCCUAGGUCAUUUAAAAGUCCCUUUUUUAUUCUCUUCUACUAUCAGACCAUGCAUCCAUUGGUACUUUGGGCUUGAAGCACUAGUUUGCAAGGCUGUUUACUUUUAAAUACUUUAAAAACUGCAUUCUUCUUCUUCUUUUUUUUUUUUUUUUUUUUUUUUUUUUUUUUUUUUGAACCGUUGGACCAAAAUGUCAAAUUUAGUGUCUUUGCAUUUUACAUAUCCUGCUCUAGAUCUCGACCAGUAGUUAAAGAUGCCAGACACCAAUCUGUCCUUUACUGUAACUUGAUGUCACAGCUCCCAUCUGUAGCAUGGUUUACGGUGGCCAUUAUGCAGUGCCCCAAGUAAGCAUUUGUUUCAAUUCAUUCUGGGAGGCAAAAUGGCACAACCGGAGUAGUUGAUACUGGAAAUGUACUUCUUACCAGAGGAUAGAUGCCUGUGCGAGAGCUCUUAGACACACCUAGACCCAACAAAAAGAGGACGAGACAAUCAUGUCAUGAGCCUCAUCCUUCAUGGGACCUGUGCAGGAACCAGAAUCCCCUUGUUUUCACACAAAACUGGAGCAGGACAGAAAGAAACAGCAACACAUGUUGACUCGAAGCUCUGACCUGGAGCCACUACUGUGCUCCAGCCCGCUGGCCCUAUGAGAGCACACCGAGUUAUUGUCUUCAUAAAUAGUCUACCUGGAAAGGUCUUUAGUGGCAUUAUCACUAAGAUAAAUAAAUAAUAAUAAAAAAAAAAAAGUAGAAGGCAAAAAAUCUGUGUGUAGGCCCGUACAGAACAUGUACAUCCUUAGCUAUCUGAAAUCGUCAGCAGUCUUAAAACACCCUCAGACUGAGUGCAGUAACUUAGAUGGGUUAACGUAGAGAGUUAAGUACUUGCUGAUUUAAGAUUGAUAUUGAGAUGUGCAUAACUUCUAAACUACUAAAUAUAAUAAGGGGCUGUUCACAUGUAGGUAUGCCUGUGUAAAAAAACAAAACAAAACAAAAAACAACGGUGGCAGGGUUUCUCAGAAUGUUCGUAGCCUUAACUAGUUUCAACUAUUUUUUUUAAAAGACAGUACUGAAAUGCACUCUCAGUGAAUUGCAUUUAUUACAUUUUUUUUCAUAUAGUUGCAGUUUAUUACCAAUGCUACUGUAGCUAUCAAUAUAUGCAGACUAGCAGAGAUUUCCAAUUUUUUUUUUAAAUCUGACUAACAGUCUCCUGACUAUGCGAGAAACUUGUGGAAUCAGGUCAAGUACUUUAGAGGCUAUAGACGCUUAUUAUUUUCUUCCUGUAGCCUGCAGCAGCUCAGGAAGUCUGUGUGGACACGAGCGCUUCUCCCACAAAGCUAGAACCUGGAACGCUUUGAUUUAAGUAGGUACACAUAAAGCUACGAAUGCUCAGGGAAACCUUACCAUAUUUUGUGUGACAUGUGCCUUUAAUUGUGGCUAGUAUCACAACCUAGACAUCUAAAUCAGGGAAGAAGAGACAUUGAUAAUGAGCCAGGUGUGUAAAGAUGGCUGCCUCCUGGGGUGACAUCACUCAGCCACCCGAACCCGUCACUCAGCAUAAGCACCCAGUGUUUCUGAGCUUCCUCUAAAAUCAAUGAACAGGCGUUGAGUGUGUGUCCGUGCAUGUGUGUGUGUGUGUGUGUGUGUGUGUGUGUUAUGGGAGGUGCAGUGUCACCACACCAGGAAACGGCCUGCUUUAAGCACCUGCUCCCUCACAGCGUGUUGUUGUUGUAUCAUUGUACAGUCCACAAACAUAAGCCUGUAGCUGUCUGACCUGGUUCAAUUAGCCUGUGAAAUGGAUUCAGUUACUUUUGAAUAUCAGAGCAGUUAAUUGAUCUUGUCUGACAUCUGGUGUCGAGCAGCCAUUUCUCAUCCCAGGUAAACGCUCAGAAAGAAAUCGAUUCGGCACCCUCCGCGCAGUCGGUUCUUAUUGAUUUUUCGAGGAUGCAAAAUGGCGCGGGUCAAUAUAACCCAUAGCUCAAUCUCCAUCCAUCUUCCCUCUAGGAAAACAACUGGAUUAAUGAAAGUAAUUGAAAAGAUUUCAGCGGUUGAGCCAGGUCUUUUCUCUGCCAGAGAUCAGUGUACCUGUCUUGCCUGUUGCUGCAUGUAUGUCUUUGUUAUGGACGAAGACAUCCGGUGGGUUUGGACACAGAGAGGAGGAGAGACAUGGAAGUUUAGUCGUCUCACAGUUUGGCUUGAGUAGUAGAGUAGUCGAUGAGUAACUUUUUUUGUUUUUGUUUUUGUUUUUUUUUCGUUUCCUUUUCAAUGGACAAACCAACCAUCAACAUAAUUAAAGCCAAUGACAUAUGGAAAAAUCUUUGAGAGGAGGCAGUUUUUCUGCUUUUUCCAAGAGGGGAUUGGCAAAUGGGAUAAAAUCAGUAUGAAUAACAAAGGUGGGGACGAAAAAAUGAAAUUUGAGAACUCUGUUGACUGUUAAACUCCCCCCACACCCCCAUCAUUUACCUCAGUGUUUUAUUCCAUGUUUCAUUGCCUUGAGGAAAUGUCACAAGAAACGGUUAUGCAAAGCUUGUAAUGAUUCAUGGGAAAGGCUUUCGGAAGCUCAUUUCUACAUUUUCACUUCAAAAGUAUCAUCAGCGUCCAUGCCUCUGUCACUAAUCUGUUAGGACUAUUGCUUUCACUUGACGUCACAGUUCCCCGCUGCAGCCAUUUUGCAUUCUCCCCAGUAAACGUUCAGUGCAGUGCGUCUGGGAACAAACAAUGGCUCAAGUGAAAGUAAACCCCUAUAUUGUCAGGACGGCGUCGACAGCAUGGGGUCGUAUUGUAUUGUAAACGGUGGAAAAAAAGAAAGGGGAGGGCGGGGUUGCAUACUGUAUAUAAUGAUGUCAUUAUUUGUCUGAGAAAAGAUUUGUACUAUUGUUUCAAAUGUGCACUUAUCCUGAUAUUUUCUUUUUUGUGUUUAAUAUCAGUUAAAUGCUAGAGCUCUUGAUAAUAAACUUAUGUGUGAAAAAUAGUAUCCUCCACAGCAGGGUUGAGUCACACACAUCUGUUAAUAAUGAUGAAAUGCCCUCAGUGCUACAGAACUUGAAGACUAGCGCACUUUUGGGUGACAUAAUGACUGUUGAAGUUUUGGGUGUUUUCCACCUCAAAUGGAAAAUUUACCCAAAUUCAAAUCCAUUAUUGUUUCUUUGUUAUUCCUGCUAUUUUUAAUACUUACAUUUUAAUUAUUGGACAUAGACAUAUCCAACCAAAAAGGUUAAAAAAAAAAAAAAAAAAAAUCCAUGAGGAAAACACGGGACAUAAUGAGGUAAAUACUGAACUUUUGGAAGUAACAAAAUGAUUCUGUUAGAUACCAACUUCAGUGGUGUUUUGAUUGACAUGGUGUGAGUAGAUAAUGACUGGAUAUUUCAUUUUGGGAUGAUCUUUUCCUUAAAGAUCUGGACUUGAUUCAGUAACUGAAUAUGGGAAGCUUUGUCAACACAGUGACUAGUUUAAAAAAAAGUUUUGGCACCUUAACGGUCGAGGUUUUCUUGUGAUAGAAAUGGCAUAGUCUGUUCCCUAGCCUGUAGCUUUGGGAGAGAUUUGUCAGCAUCUCUGAAACAGCCAAUGUGAACUCUGUUUUCCAGUGCAUUUCCCUUAAACAAAAUCCCCCUCCCUUAGGAGUGGUCUGCUCCACCUAGGGGCCCCUAACUUUUUACAGCGAAGGACCCAAAGGAGAAGUGGAAGACCACAUCCCAUUUUUGCUUCAGUUCUUGGAAAUCAGGGUGUGCAUCCUGGUUCUGUAAGAGUAGCUUGUUUUUUUGUUUUUUUUCCAAAUGUACCGUGAUGCGGUUGUAAAUGACUCUUAUUUUGUUUGUAUUUCCUUUAGCCUUUAGUUGGUGCUUUUAAAUGCUGUACAAUUUUGAUCAGGUCAAUGCAGGGAGAUGCUGAUGGUGAGACUGUCUUCUGAAAGUCAUUUGAAACAGCACACAUUUUUUUCAAAGUAUGUUUUUUUUUUUUUUGAGGAUGUUACAUUGGCCAGAGGGUUUUAGAGCUUACUCAGCCCUCAAAGGAUCACAGUAACCUUCAGUUCACCACUCACGCAAAAUAUGUUAACAUUCUGGCAACUGAUUUUUAUAACAGGCUACUCACCAUGCCAGUUUCCACGUAAAGACAAACGGCAGCAACAAAACUUUGCUGCCUUUUGCGGCUCUGCUUCAACCUUCAAACCAGCUGCCAUGAAAGGCUGAAUGGCUUUUGUGUUUUUUGCUUUAGGUUGAAUUUUAGGGAUGAGCCACAUACAGAAACCCCCAAUAUGGCUUCUAAUAUGGGGGGAAAAAAACGGGUUGCGGUGGUAUCAAGAGGACUCCUGCAUGCUGAAUGGUUGUGGCCAUUGAAGAAUUGGUGCUUAGCAACAUUUUUACCUUUGGACAUUAAACGAGACUUCAGAAUAUGGACUUUUGGGACUGUUGCGCAGAGGCACCUGCAGCUGUGACUGGUGAGGACAGUUACUGUCCAGUCUUCAUUUUUUUCCAAUGGCACCUAAUGGAAAUGGAUCAUUUUAAUAUUGAGAGGAGAGUAGUCGAAAUCAAGAACUCUAUCUCUCCAAACUGCAACCCGAAAAAGAAAUGUAGUCUCUUGGCCUGAGAUCCAGGCUCAUGACGAACAUGUUGUCAUGUGGGAAGCCACAUGGGAAACAUGUCACCAGAAGUAGGCUUGUGACCCAUUUUGGGACCCAAACUACAGUUUAGGACAGGGAAGAGUUUUCAAAAUUUUUCAUCCCAGGAUCAAAACUCAAAACAUUCUGAAUCCCCCUGAGACUCAUGACACACUGUAGUCCUGCUGUCAUGUCGGGGAUCCAGCAGAAAGAUCUUUGCAACUCAAACUGGGACCCAAAUAGCCGUGAGGAGCUCUGCUUUAGGACAACACUAUUUGCAAAUGCUCCUGUGAUGCGACUCAGAGUCCUGUGUCUUGUUGUUGUCUUUGUACACACCACCCUCAAUGCAGUCUUUUUGUCUCAAGAGCACUGGAACAAUGCAGUCACUCGGCAUGGAUAAUUAUCUUGGGACCCUCAAAGAUGUAUUUACUUGAAAAAGUAAAUUAUAUAAUUGCUAACAUCACUGUCAAGCCACAUGAAACUUUUCAUCAAGAAAACUCAAAUAAUCCUAACUCAUUUCUUUGAGAAUGGCUUCAUGCUGAAGUUGUUUGCUCAUUAAUUCACUGCUGAAAUUUGUCUUCUUCCAGCUUUGUUGACAGUCCAUUGCCAACACAGAUGUUGGCCAACAGAGGGAAUGGAUUAGAGCCCUGUUGUAGUCAUCUGCUCCACUGGCCAACAGAAGAUGGAUAGUUUAGAUUUUUCCUCAUUGCAAAUGGACUGUUGAAAUAGCUGAAUGCGAGAAAAUCAUCGUUUUUUCUUUUCAAAAUGAAUUUGAUGACAUCUCCUGCCAUAACAUAAGUAGGCAACUGGCUUUGGGGCGAGUUAGUGGCUUUCCUCAAUGACGGUUUCCACAAUUUGUCUGAGUGACUGUACUGAUCCAGUGCUCGGGGUGUAGAGAUUAUGUCGAGGAUAAAGGUAUGCAAAAACAACUAAAGUGUUUGUUACCUUUAAUCCGUUGGACUGCAGUCAGAAUCGCAGUGGUACAUUCAGAUUUGAAUUUUUUUUUCUCUUAGGGCUGAUGAUCGCUGAUUUCACAGAUGCAGGCAGAUGACUUAAGCAUGGAUUUGACACCACCCAUAAUCCGUUGUUUUCACUUAGCAUCACAAAGUGAUGGCUCAAGGCGAAGUUCAAAGUUUUCAACGAUGAAAGUGUAAAUCCAGAAAGCACAAGAGCCUGAGUUGGGGAGCCGACCCCCAGACUGCCAUUUUGCAUCCCUCCCAGUUAGCAUUUAAUCCAUUUUGGGAUGCAACAUGGUACACAUGGAACCAAGUUAACAGGGCUUGAAAAAACCUUGGUCAUUGCUGGCCAAACCACAGCAGAUUUUUUUCUUUGUUGUUUUUUUUAAUUUAUUUCUGGAAUGUAAAUAAACAAUUAACUAGACACGUUGUGGGCUGUUUAACAGAGCUCCAGAAAGACAAGGCAAACAGAGAUUCUGUAGAUACUUAAACCAGGGUAGUCCAAAAAAAAAAAAAAAAAAGCUGAAAACCUUGUGUGCACUUGGGGCAUUUUUUUCCUUUUUUCCUUUGUAUAUACUACUAGCGGUGAAAAUGUUUGGGGUCGUACUGAGUUGACAUGUCUGGUCAUAGUGCAAUAUAUUUUGUAUGCAAGCAGUUUCAAUAAAUAAAGGUCGAUCUUCCUCUGU